AUGACUUCCAGUAGCCGGGCGCCUCCUAGAGAUCAGAAACGCGGGGACGCCGAGAUGUUCGGAGCCGCGCUUUCGCUGCCGCCCCUGCUGCUGCUGCUCCUGUGCUGGGCGCCGCUGGACGAGGCAGCCCCCAAACAGGACGAGGUCCAGCGCCUCCCCGGACUGGCCAAGCAGCCGAGUUUCCGCCACUACUCCGGCUACCUCCGCGGCACCGGCUCCAAGCACCUGCACUAUUGGUUUGUGGAGGCCCAGAAUGAUCCCCAGAACAGCCCUGUGGUACUGUGGCUCAACGGGGGUCCCGGCUGCAGCUCCCUGGAUGGCUUACUCACGGAGCAUGGCCCCUUCCUGAUCCAGCCAGAUGGCACAACCCUGCAGUACAACCCCUAUUCUUGGAAUAUGAUUGCCAACAUGCUGUACCUCGAGUCCCCAGCGGGAGUGGGCUUCUCUUACUCGGAUGACAAGUAUUAUAUGACCAAUGACACUGACGUCGCCCAGAGCAAUUAUGAAGCCCUUAAGGAUUUCUUCCAGCUCUUUCCAGAAUACAAGGACAACAAGCUUUUCCUGACCGGAGAGAGCUAUGCCGGUGUCUACAUUCCCACCCUGGCUGUUUUGGUCAUGCAAGACCCCAGCAUGAACCUACAGGGGCUGGCCAUCGGCAAUGGACUCUCCUCCUAUGAGCAGAAUGACAACUCCCUGGUCUAUUUCGCCUACUACCAUGGUCUCCUGGGGAACAGGCUCUGGUCUUCCCUCCAGACCCAUUGCUGCUCUCAAAACCAGUGUAACUUCUAUGACAACAAAGACAAGGAAUGCAUAAACUAUCUCAACGAAGUGUCUAACAUUGUGGGCAAGUCUGGCCUCAAUAUCUACAACCUGUACGCCCCCUGUGCCGGAGGAGUACCCGGCCACGUCAGGAACGAAGAGAACACCGUCAUCGUCCAGGAUCUGGGCAACAUCUUCACUCGCCUGCCAUUCAGGCGGACGUGGCAUCAGGCACUGCUGCGUUCUGGGGAUAAGGUGCGCCUGGACCCCCCCUGCACCAACACCACAGCCGUCUCCAACUACCUCAAUGACCCUUACGUGCGGAAGGCCCUGCACGUCCCCCAGCAGCUGCCCAAGUGGGACAUGUGCAACUUCCUGGUGAAUUUGCAGUACCGCCGCAUCUACCAAACCAUGAACGCCCAGUACCUCAAGCUGCUCAGCGCGCAGAAAUACCGGAUCCUGAUCUACAAUGGCGAUGUGGACAUGGCCUGCAAUUUCAUGGGGGAUGAGUGGUUUGUGGAUUCCCUGAAUCAGAAGGUGGAGGUACAGCGGCGGCCCUGGUUAGUGGGCUACGGGGAGAGCGGGGAGCAGGUUGCCGGCUUCGUGAAGGAGUUCUCCCACAUUGCGUUCCUCACCAUCAAGGGCGCUGGACACAUGGUCCCCACCGACAAGCCCCAAGCUGCCUUCACCAUGUUCUCUCGCUUCCUGAACCAUGAGCCAUACUGA